GCAGAGCGAAGAGCACGGCAGCAGCAGAUGUGUGUGGCUCUUCAGCUGGCCCAGUUUAUAGAGAUUCAGUGAGGCGUGCGGAGGUGAAUGCACAUCUAGCAAUUGUGUGAGAGUGCGGAUGAAUUUCUCUGGCUGAAAACCAUCACUUCUGGAUAGUAUACUCGCGUUCGCCACGAUGAAUCCCUGCCAUGUGUGCGAGGAGCCGACGAAGAACAAGUGCUCCAACUGCAACCAGGUGUCCUACUGCAGCGCCCAGCACCAGAAGCAGGACUGGAAGGCGCACAAGCCCAGCUGUCAUCCAUUCAAGAUCGCCUACAAUGAACAGCUGGGCCGGCAUCUGGUGGCCACUCGCACCAUCAAACCGUACGAGAUAAUCCUCAGGGAGGCGCCUCUGGUGCGAGGUCCUUCCCAAAUCUCCGCCCCUGUGUGCCUGGGAUGCCUUAAUGGCAUCGAGGCAGAGGAUCACAUCGAGUGUGAGCAGUGUGGAUGGCCUCUGUGCGGACCGGAGUGCAAAUCCUUGGAUGAGCACAAGGGGGAGUGUCGCCUCACCAAGGAUCGGGGUCAUAAGGCCAACGUUCAGGAGUUCAAUGGACCUCAUCCGCUCUACACCUGCUUAAGCACUGUAAGAUGUCUACUCAUUGGCGAAACUAGCCCGGAGAAGGCGAGCAAGUUCCAGGAGCUGGAGUCACUGGAGGCAACUAGAAGAGGUUCCAGCCAAUGGAAGGCAGAUCUGGCCAGCAUCGGGCAGUUUAUUCCCAAGUUCUUCAAAACCGAGAAGUUUAGCGAGGAGGAGAUCAUGCGAGCAGUGGGUGCCCUGCAGAUUAAUGGACACGAGGUGCCAACAACUGAUCCCUCGCACGUGGCCGUCUUUUACACGGCCUCCUUCACGGAGCACUCCUGCCUGCCCAAUCUGGCCAAGAGCUUUAAUAAGAAUGGCCACUGCAUCCUGUGGGCCCCGCGCGAGAUCAAGAAGAACACCCACCUGAGCAUUUGCUACUCAGAUGCCGUGUGGGGCACCGCCGAUCGCCAGAGACAUCUGAUGCAGACGAAGCUGUUCAAGUGCGCCUGCCAGAGAUGUGUGGAUCCCAGUGAAUUGGACACCAACUAUAGUGCCAUUAAGUGCGAGGAUCGCCAGUGUGGCGGCCUGAUGCUUCCCAGCAAGGCGGACGACUGGAACGGCAGUUGGCGCUGCUGCGAGUGUCAUAAGCAAGUGCAGAAACACUAUGUGGAGCGCAUUUUGGAGCGGGCUGGCAAGGAUAUCCAGAGCAUGGAAAAGAACGUCGAAAACGGUUUGAAAUAUCUUAAGCACUAUGAAAAGUGGCUGCCUCCUCACCAUUUUCACAUGAGUGAGAUAAAAAUCCUACUAGUCCAACUUCUUGCCAAGGAUCAGAAGGAACUAAUGGUUAUCCCAGAGGAUAAACUGCUACUGAAGCUAAAUUUCGCGCGGGAACUCGUUGAGUUGUAUGAGAAACUGGCGCCGUGCGAAGUUCGCACGCUCGGCACGCUUUGCUUCGAGUUGCAUUCGGCAAUCGCCGAACAGACUCGUCGUGUGGCGCUGGAAACCAGCCUGUCGCCCAAGGAUCGCUUGGAGGAAUCUCUGUACUAUGUGGAAAAGUGCGUCAAUUAUCUGCAAUACGAAUCGGAUAUUUUCGUCGAGGGUCACAUUCUCAAGCAGGCAAAGAUCAAUCGCGACGCCCUGAGAAUGGUCACCAGGAUAUCCUAGGCAGCCAGUUGAAUGGCCAAUACAAUCAGAACAUUUUCACAAACAACCUGUAUCAAAAUUACCAAUAAAUAGUAAUCACUGAAUCCCCUUAA